CAGGAGGUACAAACUUUACUUUUAACUCUAUGUUUCACUCUGUAAAGAUGAAGCUGUGGUAGCUCUGCUCUGUAUAUGGAGAUCAGAUAAUAAUAAUAAUAUAUGCAGAUAAUAAUAGAUUUACAUAUAACUGAGUUGAGCUCAUUAUUGAGAAUCAGGGAGUUUUGAUAAAAUAACAAUGAAUGAAUGAUCCACUCAUUCAUUCAUGGUCUCUCUCCUGUAGCCUGGACCAGACUGAGCUAACAGAGCUAACAGACCCACCGCUAACCAGACUCAGGGUUUUAUUCUUUAGUUUAACUGAUUCCACUGGAGCAGAACUCACUGGAGAGUUAACGCGGUGUCUUUGUCUUCAGGGUUGAUCUUAUUUGGGUCUGGGUCUGGGUCUGGAUCUGAGUCUGGGUCUGGGUCUAGAUCUGGGUCUGGAUCUGAGUCUGGGUCUGGGUCUGGAUCUGAGUCUGGGUCUGGGUCUGGGUCUGGAUCUGAGUCUGGGUCUGGGUCUGGAUCUGAGUCUGGGUCUGGGUCUGGGUCUGGGUCUGGGUCUGGAUCUGGGUCUGGUAUGGACCAUACACUGGUGAACCUCAAACUGGUUCAGGAUUGACAGGAAGAUACGAAACAGGAUUUCUUCAAGAUGACCAGAGAAACAGAAGACACUGAGUCACGUGUCUCAAAGAACAUUGCAGGGGGACAAGGGGGACAAGGAGGACAAGGAGGACCCACCAAGCCUCCCCCGUCUUCCACAGCUCUCAGUACCAUCGGCAUCCAGGCUGGACGCUCACAGCUCCUCAUCUCUGUCCUCAAGAGCGGGUCUCUGGUCCACCUCCAGCUGGUCCAGGUCCAACCAGGACUCUGUGAGAUCGGAUCGGACCAGGAGGAAAACCAGACGCUGAUCCAGGAGCAGAGGGAGCUGCUGGAGAAGCUCCUGAAACAUGAGGAUGAAGUUCUUUCUUUGGUGGAAAACAAACGACAGACGGCGAGGAGGAGAAAGGAUGGAGGGAUGAUGGAGAGGAUGAGGAGCAGGAAGGAGGAGGAGGAAGAGAAGGAGGUGUCCAGAGCCAUGGAGGAGUCUCUGAAGGAGGCGUGGUUGCUGCUCCUCCGACUCCUCCAUAGACGACAGGAGGUCCUGAUUCUGGCUGCAGACUUUUACCAGAGAGCACUGGAGUUUUCCGUCAGCAUCCAGCAGGUGGAGAAUCUACAGAUCAACAAGAAAUUGACGGAGGUGAAGCUCAUCUAUGACUCCAUGAGAAGAGAUGUUCUGGGGAAGUCCCUGCAGGUUCUAAACAGCAGCAGUGUCCUGUUGGAGAAACUAAAGCAGCUGCAGUGGACAGAGGCCCUCCAGAGGAGAGGAGGAGUACUGCAGGAAGAUGACCAGGAGGAGAACCAAGAGGAGAGUCCCCAGAGAUCCAGGAGCUGCAGGGGGGCGGCUCUGAAGCUGGAGGAGCUGGUGGAGCUGCUGCAGGAUCGGAGGCGGAGGGCCGACCACGGCUUCAGGCUGCAGCUCCAACAGGUGGAGGACGACAUCAGGGUCCACGAGAAUCAGUCUGAGGACUGGAGUCUGAUCCUGGACCAGGACCAGAGGUCUGGAUCAGACUUACAACCAGAGUCUGGACACGUAUCCAGAGACCUGCAGUCUGAAUCCAGAUCAGCAGAGACUGAAGAACUAGAUCUGAAAUCUAGAUUCAGACCAUGGAGGACCAUAGACCUCCCACCAAAAUCCACAUCAGAAGAAAGUGAACCGCUCCAGACAGGGUCUAGAUUAGAUCUGAAUCUCACAUCCAAAUUCAAAUUAAGGUCUAAUCUGAACCUGAAAUCUGGAUUAGAGCAAACCAGAGAUCUAAAAGCUGGAUCUGGAUCAGACCUGAAUCAGAACUCCUCAACAGAGGAGGACCCAGACCUGCAGACUGGAACCAGAUCAGAAACCAAAGGGGAAGAGCUAAGAUCAGGAUCAGAGAAGACCAAAGACCUCCAGUCUGUUUUCACAUCUCAUAAGAUCAAACUCAUAAGAUCAGGAUCAGAUCUGAGGUCUGAAUCUAGACUGAAGACUGGAUCCAGCCCAGACCUGUCACCAGAGUCCAGAAUCCUACAGUCUGAGUCCACAUCAGACUUUCAAUCUGGAUCCAGAUCAGAAGAGACGGGAUCUGGAUCUGAUCUGGAUUUAAAUUCUAAAUUCAGACCGGGGUCUGGUCUGAAGACUAAAUCUGGAUUAGAGCUAACCAGAGAUCUGAAACCUGUAUCUCAAGACCUGCCCCCGGGAUCCAGAUCAGAGGAGACCAGAGUCUUUAAGCCUGGAUCCAGAUCAGUGUCUAAAGUACUCCAGUCAGGAUCUGGAUUAGAUCUGAAAACUGGAUCCAGAUCAAAUGAAAACAAAAACCAGCAGUCUGGAUUCAGUCCAUUGGAGACCAUGAACCUCCCACCUGAAUCCAGAUCAGACCUGCAGCCUGGAUGUGGAUUAGACCUGAACCAGAACCCCACAACAGAGGAGGACACAGACCUACAGACUGGAACCAUAUCAGAACCCCAAGGGGUUUCAGAAGAUACCAGAGAUUCUGUAUCAGAGGUAGACCCAAGAUCCAGAUCAGAGCAGAUCCAAGACCUUCAGUCUGGGUCCAGGUCCUGUUCAGAUAUGCAGCCACGUUCUGGACCCAGAUCAGAGGAUCUGGUCCAGGAGCAGCGAGAGUCUCCGUCCUCCUCCAGUCCGACGCUGCAGAGCAUGCUGGGAAUGAACUGGCCGAGUGAAGAAGGCUCCGCCCACCCCACCCUCCUGACCAAUCAGAGGCAGCAGUUUGAAGGCAUCAUGGACAAAGUGUGUACCGGGCUGCAGCAGAGUACCAGUGUGUUGAUCUCUCUCAGCUCUGAACCAAGACCACAACUCUCUGAGGCUGAAGAUGCUCUGAACACAAACCUGGCCCUGUACGCACAAGCUGAGGUUCUGACAGAGCAGCUGAAGAGAGGCAGCUCAGGAACCAGAACCAGCUCCUCUCAGACCGGCCCGUCUGGCUGUCUGGGUCUGGUUGUGGAGGAGCUGCAGAAUGUGAAGGGGAGGGUUGAGUCCAACCUGGUGCUGCUGCAGCCCUACGUCAGGUUCCUGAGAGCAGCUCAGCAGGUGGAGGAGGAGCUGGAGGAGCUGAGGGAGAUCUACAGGUCACCACAGAAGAAGAAAGAGGAGGAUGUCUGCUGGCAGGAAACACUGCAGAGACUCGACGCUGCUCAGGAACUAGGAAACAGCUGCAUCCAGGCCGUUACUGUGGGAUCUGGAUCCGGUUUGGGGUCGGUGUCGGUGGUUCAUCAGACGCUGCAACGACUCGAGGCGACCAAACAGGACUUGGAGGAUCUGCGGCACCAGCAUCAGAUCCAGAUCCAGAUCUUCAGGAAACAUCAGGAGAAGCUGCAGAAGACCCGUCAGAACCUGAAGUGUGUGUUGGAGCUGCUGGACUCGUGUACGCUGACGGAUCUGGGUUCAGACGUGCAGACCUCCAGACUGAUGGAGCGCUUCAGUCGGGCCAGACCUCAUUUCACUCAACUAGACGCUGAGGUGGAGCAAACAAUGAGGAGCUGGAAGAGUCUUAGAGGAGGCCAGGAUCAGCUAGAGAAGGAGGUGGAGGAGGUGGUAGAGGAGGACCUGUCAGAGCUGCUCAAGUUGCAGCAGAGAGUGAAGCACAAGAUCCAGGAGAGCGAAUCGAUCCUGGAUCUGACAAGCAGCUUCCACCUGACGACCAAACGAUUGGAGGCGCUGCUCCAGUCAGAGCCCUCGAGUCUUUUAUCUGGUUUAUCUGGGUCCGGUGAGGCCGAGCUGAGUCAACAGAUCCAGAACCUGUUUGAAGCCGCCGCCGCGUUGAAGUCGGACAUCUGUGUCGCCGUCACCCAGACUAGUUGGACAAGUUUCCGGACGGAGCAGCUGGAGGUUCGUCUUCUCUCUCUGGACUCUCUACGCCUGUCGUGGUUGAACAAAGCAGCUCGACGUGAAGAGAAACUCUGCAGAGAUCGACUGACCCAACGGCUGCAUGACAACAUCAACCAGCUUCGUGACUCCUUUAAGGAGCUGAAGAAACGUUUCAACAACCUGAAGUUUAACUUCCUGAAGAGAAACGAGCGCAGCAGGAACAUGAAGGCCGUCAGGAACCAGCUGCAGCAGGUGGAGAUGUUGGAGGAGAAGCUGCAGGGGCUCAGGGAGCGUGUGCAGACUGUGACGGGCCGGCUGGGGUCGGAGGUCAGGGAUGGAGCCGUUGCCCGGGAGAUGGAGGACGCCGUCAAUGAGCUGCAGAGACAGAUGGGAGAGUUGAAGCGAAGCAUCGACGACCACAGGCGGACUCUGGACACGAGCCUCCGGCUGCAGCGAGCCAUGGACGAGUACCAUCUCUGGUGGGACGACGCCGCCGCCACCAUCGCCAGAGUUGGGAAGUUUUCCUCCGAGUGUCGCAGCAGCGCCGCCGUCUCUGUCCUCUACCAACAGUUUGAGAAGUUCGUGUGGCCGACAGUUCCUGAGCAGGAAGAGAGGAUCAGUCAGAUCCGAGAGCUGGCGGCCAGGCUGCACGGGCCCGAGGAAGGACGAUGUCUGGUGGAGAAGACGACGGUCAAACACAGUGAGAUGGUGGCGUCCAUCAUAGAGCUGAGCCACGGCCUCAUGGAGCUGGAGAAGAAACUCAAGAUGGAGAGUCUGGAACAGAACGACGAGGAGGAGGAGAAGAAGGAGGAGAUGAAAGAGAAGAAGGAGGAGAAGGAGGAGAUGAAAGAGAAGAAGGAAGAGAUGAAACAGAAGAAGGAGGAGAAGGAGGAGUUGAAAGAGGAGAAGGAGGAGAUGAAACAGAAGGAGAAGAAGAAGAAGGAGGAGUUGAAAGAGGAGAAGGAGGAGAUGAAACAGAAGGAGGAGAAGAAGGAGGAGAUGAAACAGAAGGAGGAUAACCGAAGUUCACAGGACGUUGCUGACAUGAAUGAGCUGAAGGAGACAGGCCACACCCCCGAACUAACCGCCAUGCAUCAUGGGAAGUAUGUUUCUGACAAGAGGCUGACAGCAGCCAAUAGGAAGCCUCCGUUCCAGAGCAGGUUCACCUCCUCCUGUUCCCCGGUAGAGGUUAACCGUGGCGUCCAUAGCCACGCCCAACCUGUCGCCAUUGACAGCCAGGCCACACCCCAUUCACCUGUGAUUGGCCCAUCGUUUUCUGACAUCCAGAGAGAGUUUCAGAAUACAUCAGCAGGAAUGCUACCGGAGGCAGAGCUGAUGGAGGACUGUCUCUCUAACGAUGAAUACGAGUGUCCAUCACCGGACGAUAUUUCCCUGCCACCUCUGGCAGAGACCCCUGAGUCCAACAUGGUCCAAUCAGAUGAGGAUGUCUCCUGCUUCAGUUCCCACAGCCACCAGGGUCAUGUCCCAGCAGAACUAACUGGGACGGGUGGAGUCCAACAGCAUAGACAGGCCAGUCACAUGGAGGUUUAUCUGGCUCCUCCCAACAGGAUCCGAUCAGAGUCCAGUUCAUUUGCCCAGAGUCCCCUGACAGUUCCUGGUCCCAGCCUCCCCACCAGUCCUCUGUGCAGCGUCCUGGCCUUCAGAGACACCAACACAGUCCAUUCCCCCCAGGCUGUUAGCCUCCAGGCUAGUUUAGCUUCUGGAUCCAACUCAGUCCAUGAGAGCAACAAACAGAAAAAUGUCUUUAAAGGAUGGAGCUCUUUACAAAUCACCCACAGCAUUGCUUCUAAAAGUGAGACUUUACCGCUGCCUUGUCCAACCGGUAAUUGUCCUUUGUCCUCUCAUAACACUCGUCAACAAGAUACAAAAACCAGCCUCCACCAGGACUUAAAUCCCUCCCAAACUAGGAAGGAAACCGACUCUCAGACCAGCGCCGGUACAGUUACCCAGCGUCCCCCUGCAGACGCUCAUCAUACCACCUAUUCAGCCCCAGAAAGUCCCUUGUCUCACAGUGAAGCUGGUACAGUAAUUAGUCCCGUCCCAAAGGACAGUUGUCCUCAAAGUCCCACUCCAAUGGAUCAUCUCUAUAAAGGCCAGACCCGUCCACAGGACACGGGUCUUCUCAAAUCCUCUACAACUGUCCCUCGAGAUAACAAUACUUACCUGGACUCCAGGGGCGGCCUUGACCAGAACAGACCCUCGUCCCAGAGCAGUGAGGAGGCGUCCUCAGGCUCCACAGCCCAAAGUUUGUCCACAACCACUCCCCCGACUCACAAACAAACCAGUUACUGUCAGUCCAGAGCUCCACAAAGACCCUCCUCCCAGGAGAAGAGAGAUUUCCUCCAUGUUCACCUCCUUCCUCCCAUCAGUACAUGCACUCACCAGACAAUCUGCUCCCUCCAUUACUCCUCCACCUCGGCCUCCACCCAGCAGUGUGUGCAUAACUCCAGCAUGACUCCCAGCAGCCCUGCUCCUCAUUCUCCUCCUCCUCCUGCUCCUUCUGGGGCUCAGACCCAAGCCUUAGCUCAACAGGCUAACCUGCAUGUCAGCCCCCCCUCCCCUCCACCCCAUCUACUAACUCCACACCAACAUCCAGAUAUUUGCCAGCCUGUGUCAAUACGUGAGGAGAUCAAGCUCACCCCUCAGAUCCAAGGGCUUCCCCUCCCUCCUCCUGCUCCUCCUGCUCCUCCUGCUCCUCCUCUGGCUCAGGCAGAGUCUCUUCCCCAGGGAAAAGCCUCUAAAGCUGGCCACCCCUGCUUCACCCGGCCCUGGUCCAGAGCUACCGUCAUGGAGGGCUCUCCAGUGACACUAGAGCUGGAGGUGACGGGACACCCAGAGCCCAGACUCAGCUGGUCUGAAGAUGGAGAGUCACGUGACGGUCGACUCAGCCCCCAUCAGGACCCGGAGAGGGAGGCCGGUGAUCAUGAUGGUGGUGGUGGUGGUGGUGGUGAUGAUGGGUGGCUGCUGGUGGAAGUGUUGGACACCAUCAGAGAGGACUGGCAGACCUGGUUUGGUUCUCUGUGUGCCCUGCUGUGGCUGCUCUACCUGAUCAUCCUCUGAUCCUCACCAGGAGACAACGAAUCCAGCUCCACUUUCCAACUUUAUAAUCUGCUUUCUGUUAAUCUGUUUGAAUCUGUACUAAUGAUAUGAAUAAAUUCACAGUGUGUGUGA